ACUGAGCCUUUUGUUGGAAAGGGUCUCCUCGUUUGUGUGAGUCAUGCUUUUGCUGCCAGCGAGUUGGCAGCUCUCUAACCAGAAGUGGAAUGUCACAUAGAGCUGUCUGCUCCAGCCUUCACUCUCAUCCUAUAUCCAUAGGACCUACAUCCACAUUUUUAUUCUAGCUGGGGGCCAAAAAAUCAGCAAUUCCUAUUUUUAUGUUACAUAUAUAUAUAUAUAUAUAUAUAUAUAUAUAAUUAUUUAUUUUUUUUACAGUUUUGUUACCCAGUUGUUUCAUUAUUUGCAUUUGGUUUUCCAGGUCCCUCUAUGAAUCUCUGGCAAUGUUAGCUCAGGUGGCUCUUAGGUUGGCACAGUGUAUGACAGUAGCUAGAUAGAAGGGCAUGCUUCAACGUACCAAGUAUAACCGCUUCAGAAAUGAGUCUGUGACACCGGUGGAUGAUCUCUUGCACAACCUGUCCAUGAGCAGUAAAGUCUCUGCAGCCGCCGCCGCCGGUCCCCCAGCUGCCAUUCCGACCUCAGAGCUCCAGAAGGGGCAGGAAGAUGGAGCCAGCUCUCUCUGCACAUUCAUCCACAAAGUGUCUCACAUGAAACUCUCCAGCACGGGCAGCCUGUUGGGCAUCAGGAACCUCUCCUCUGCAGUGAAGGAGCUCGCUGCUGGCUCCAAGUCUCCGGCUGCCAGUACAGCAGGAUCCUCAGACAGCGUCGCAUGUAACCCGCUGCCUACCUCCGCGUGUUCGCAGCAGCAGGACGUGGGCAAGAUGAGCGCAGGGAAAAAAACACGCUCGGAGGAGACGCAUUCGGCAGGUGAAGACUGGAACCAAAGUAGCAGCUUUGUCAGUAAACCUUCCCGGGGAUGGCUUCAUUCCAAUGAGAAGAUCCAGGGUCCUGGAGUGACGUACAUCGUGAAGUAUUUGGGAUGCAUUGAGGUUUUGCGGUCCAUGAGAUCUCUAGAUUUCAACACAAGAACUCAAAUAACAAGAGAAGCUUUCAGCAGGGUGUGUGAAGCUGUCCCAGGUACCAAAGGUGUCUUCAAGAAAAGAAAGCCAGCAAAUAAAAUCCUCUCUAGCAUCCUGGGAAAGAGCAACCUCCAGUUUGCAGGAAUGUGUAUAACACUGAACAUAUCUACUACCAGCCUAAACAUGAUGACACCAGAUUCAAAACAGAUCAUAGCAAAUCAUCACAUGCAGUCAAUUUCCUUUGCAUCCGGUGGUGACCCGGAUGCAACAGACUAUGUUGCGUACGUGGCAAAAGAUCCAGUUAACCGUCGAGCUUGUCAUAUACUUGAAUGCAAUGAUGGGCUUGCUCAAGAUGUCAUCAGCACAAUAGGCCAGGCAUUUGAACUCCGCUUUAAGCAAUAUUUGCAAUGUCCUUCUAAGAUACAAGCAUUUCCUGACAGAAUGCAAAGUCUAGAUGACCCUUUAUGGCCAGAAGAGGAUGGUGCUGCAACAGAGCCUCAAUAUUACAACAGUAUUCCAAAUAAAAUGCCACCUCCAGGAGGGAUUAUUGAUGAGAGGUUAAGAGCUCAGCACCCAAACCAAGGAGAAAACAACCAGUUUAUGUCCUCUGCUGGAAUAGAACAAGCAUAUUACCAAGGUCGUCAUCUGGUUGAAAAGUCUAAUGAAACCUUUCAGCAAGUUGUAAAAAGACAAGCUUCUCUGGAUAUAUACAGUUUUCCAGAAGGGAAGUCAACAUCAAAUCAAUCAAGCAAUGCACCUACAUAUGUAAAUACCCAGCACAUAAAUAAGAAAGCACUAGGUGCACUUCACAGGAGUAUGGAUGGUAUGUUCUGUGGAUCUGUAGACAGCUGCAAGGACAUCAGCCCAAGAAAAGAUCUAUUUGACAUGAAACCAUUUGAAGAUGCACUGAAGAACCAACCGAUGAUACAUAAAGAUGCCUCAGUGGAUUGCUCAAGUCCAUUGUUAUCCAGGGCAGCAAUCUUAACCAUAAAUGAAGAACUAAAAUCAGAAACCUGGUUUGUGGGAGAAAUGUGCAGAAAAGAAGCAGAGAAGUUACUGAGGAAGGAUGGAGAUUUCCUUGUUAGAAAAAGCAUCAAUAAUCCUGGUUCAUAUGUGUUAACUGGUAUGCACAAUGGGCAAGCGAAACACCUUCUUCUAGUAGAUCCUGAAGGCACUGUUAGAACCAAAGAUCGUGUAUUUGAUAGCAUCGGCCAUCUCAUCAACCACCACCUGGAGAACCACUUGCCCAUAGUGUCCUCUGGAAGUGAGCUAUGUCUGAAGCAGCCUGUGGAGUGUAGGCCUUGAUACUACUGUCACUUCCAGCAUGCUAGGGUGUCUCACAAGAGACCACACAUAUGUAUACUGUAGUAUCAGGAUCCAGUGCAAUAGGAAUCAGAUCUUAUGGGUCAAAUCAAUGUGCUGAGCAUGUACAAUAACUGGCACUUCUUGAACCAUGAUUUUUAUAAAAUUGUUUGAUCCCUUAAUGUGAAUAUACAAUGUGUGUAUAUAUACACUGAACUAUGUAUAUAUAGAUAUAAAUAUAUUUAUAUUUUUGGAGACUAUGGCCAAUCAUGUAUGGGGAUAGAAAAAGACUGGUAUGUUUUAAAGAUAAUAGAAUAAUCAUUGUGGUACUAUAGCUAGACACUGAAUGCAGCGUUCUGAUUUAAUAAAAUGCUGCACUAUCUGAUCACAGUUUAAUAAGCACAAUACGGAGAACCUGACCAGACAGAAGGUGGAGGCUACUCACAUACUAUUUAGUCCUGCAAGGUCUUGAUAUCUUUCGAGAUCCCUCCAGCAUUCAAAGAGAUGAGUUUAUUUAUGCUGGUGGCUGUGAUGCUUGAACACACCAUCCAAUAUGUACUGUUACAUAGUCUAGCAUUUAAAAUUCUGUGAUUGGGGUUUUUGUAGGCUUUUGAAUAUAAAUUGCGGUUUUCUCCAGCGCAAGCUCAGGCAAACUGUGGCUCUCUAGCUGUUGUGGAUAGAGCCAGGGGUUGUCUAAUUAUGCUACAGAGAGAGAGAGGGAUAUCACUAUCCCAUUGUACUACAAAUGUUAAACUAACUUUGCACUGAAUGAGCUGGUGCAGUGGUGCCAACUGAUUCAAAAAGCAUUUUAUCUAUAUAAAAAAAAAAUGUAUAAAAUCUUGGUACCUUCUAAGGCAUCACUAGAGAUGGUGUGAUGUCUAGUUUAUUGUAUUUCAGGUGUGCUGCUGUAUGUAACAAAAUAUAUAUUAUAUUUGAUGGCAUUUUAUGUCCCUGCCUAUUAAAUCAGUAUUUUUUUCUACAACUUCUUGUACACAUUUCUAAAUAGUUUUAUAUAUGUGUUCCUAUAAUGACAUGAGUGUAAAACAGAUAUUUUUUCAUAUUUCUAAUGCAUUAUUAGUAUGUAGCAUUGGCUGCCUUUGUAGCAUUAUGUACUGGAGAAUAUCCAACCAGUUUCUUCCUGUACAAUGUAUUUCAUGUUCUAAUGUUGAUGCAUGAGACAAAAAGUGCUUUGAAAUGUACAAGAGAUCUUGGCAUGGCAUCACAAUAGUGUUCUAUUAUUACAAGUCUGAAAUAUUGCAUUUUGUUUCAUUGUGUUUUUAAAUAAUCCUGGGGUUUAUCAGAAUUGCAUUUCAGUGGGGCGUUUUCUGUGACUUUCAUGUAUAUCAGAAUGUGUUUUACAUGCAAAAGAAAAAACUUUAGGGCAAUUGCUAGGUUUGAACAGUAGGUAUCUUUACAGAUAUCACUUUGACAUAACGGUCUUAUGAGUUUUGAAUUAUUGAACAAUAUAACAAUUGCUGUCAGCUAAACUACAUUUAACAUUUACUCUUUCUAUAUUUUCUGUAGAAUUAAAAAUAUUUCUAUAAAUUUAUAGACGCAGGUGUGAUUUAUAUUUUAAAGGGCUUUGUACGGGAAGAGUAUGCUGUAACCCAUAACAGCCAAUCAGAUGAUUGCUUUUAUUUUCUAAUCUACACUAGAACAGUGGCAUCUAGAAUCUGGCUGGUUUCUGCAGGUUACUGCUUUUCCCCAUGUAUUUGCUUCCAUAACUACUCCCUUAUAUGGCGAUGCUGGGGUCUGGAGAUAUCGGUGCCCAGGAGGGUAUCCGGUCUUUAGCUUGACCGCACUUAGGUCGGCACUCAUUAGGUCGACCACUAUUGGUCGACAUGCAUUAGGUCGACAGGGUCUAUAAGUCGACAUAGCAACUAGGUUAGCAUGUACAAGCUUGACAUGGAAAAGGGUCGACAUGAGUUUUUCACAUUUGUUUUAAUUUUUUUUACUUUUUCAUACUUUACGAUCCACGUGGACUACAAUUGGGAACAGUAGCAUGUGCCGAGCGCAGCGAGGUACCUUGCCCGAAGCAUGGCAAGCGCAGCGAAGCACCUUGCCCAAAGCAUGGCAAGCGAAGCGAGCCAUGCGAGGGGACAUGGUGCACUAAUUGGGGUUCCCCGUCACUCUACGAAGAAAACGACACCAUUUUUCUUUUACAAAAUUCAUGUUGACCUUUUUCCAUCUCGACUUGUCCAUGUCGACCUAAUGACCAUGUUGAUCUAUUUCAGGUGUCGAUCUAGUCACUGUCGACCAAUAGUGAUCUACCUAGUGACUGUCGAUCCUAUGAUCCACACCCUCCAGGAGGGUCCACCAGGCAUCCACAGUACUCUCUGCAGAUAUGACACAUGCUCUUUUCAGAGCAGAGCAGGGGGCAGGAGACUAUAGUAGUAGCGCUGGGCUGUUACCUAAGGUUUGCUAUGGGGGUCCAGCGGUGCACUGUUCCUCCACUCUGUAGGGCACUGUUUAGUAGUGAAAUGUACCUGGCUGAAGAGAUUAUCCCAGGGUAGGAUGUUAGCCAAUCAUGUAAUGCUCACAUAUAAUCCUGGCAAACCUUUAUGCCCAAGUACAUCCUGCUGCUAAUGUUGUGAUAUGGCUGGGAGUCCUAUUCUUCUUUACGUAUAUUUUGUAGAUUCCCUUUUGAUAAAUGUAGGUAAUAUUUGUGUCUUUUACAAAACUAUUGCUUCUCAGAAUGCUUGUCACCAAUGUACAAUACAUGCUCCUAUGUUUGCCACCAUUUCUACCAAACUGUAAUCCAUUCCUUUAUAUCUCCAUUAAUAACAUGGGCAACCACUACCACUUUUACCAGCUGGUCGGUAAUACACUGGCAUAUUGGCAACCCAACAUUCUUUGGCUGCAUUGGCAAAAAUAACUGUCUACACUGUGUGUAGCUGACAGGUGAUCGUUACCAGUUUUAGGAUUUGAUCACAUGUGGUAUUAAUGAAUUUCUUUCUCCUUCACCCUUCAUAUGACAGCUAAACAGAGGUGCAGUAGAGACUCAUAUCUCCCAAAUUUUUCUGAUAAUGUAAGUGGGGUAUGGUCUCGCGGCAGGGGGAGAUUAUCGAAUGCCCCCAGGCCCUCUCUCCACUGAAUAGAUGCCAAGCGCAGGCGCACAGCAUCUCUACACCAUUGCUCUGCUAAACAGUGCAGCAGGUGAGAGGGGGUCUCCCAAUGUCCCCCCCCCCCCCACCACGGGACACUGUGGCCUGCAGAUGGGGCUUAGAGACAGAGCCUGAAAAGCGGUACUGUCCUGCCAAAUUUUGGACAUAUGGGAGGUAUACAUAUAGAGAGACAUUGGUGCAGUGCGCACAACCAAAAUAGAUUAUAAGAAAAUAUCAUAGAGCAUGUUAUUCUCCCCCUGUCCUUGUUCUCACAUACUCCUCUGAAAGAUGGUUCUGAUUACAUAAUGAUCUAUAGUUGAGCAAGCUUCUGUCAUUCUUUUAUUCAGCUGUCACAUACAGAACAGUGGGGAAAGAAAUGUAAUUAAUACCUGUGUGUACUACACCUAAAUUAAUCAUGGCCAGUAGAGUCUAUGGAUCAUAAUUUAAUCUGCUUUAGCAGAGCAACUUGCACCUGUAUUUUAUAGUACUGUAGCUCCUGGUUAUUCGUUGUCAUAAUUCCUGCAGUAGGUUAAUGAGGACAGUGUAAAGGGGAACUUUAAUUAAAAGUGGUAUUGGGCAAAAUAAUGUUUUUAAGGCCAAUAUAUACUGUCUCAGUGGGGGCAAUUUACUACAGAGAAUGUCAUUUAGAGGUGCAUAUAUAACAAUUUGUAUUGUAUAAUAUAUGUAUUUAUAUACUGCUUAUGUGCAUAUACUGUAUCUAUGUAUAUUUUUGCAGGAAGGAGCAAAGUACCAUAGGACAAGUGCAGUUAGGUAGAGCUCACAAAACUGCAACUCUUUCCCAGAUAGGUACUGUGGUAUGCAAUGAUGAGACAAGCCGGCAGUGGGGAGGGGGGUGCAUGGCCAUGCUUGGCAGCAUGGCAUCGCUAGCGACAUCCCCAGAUUGAGAUGGAUGUACAACCGAAGGGGGAGCGUGCAUCGUUAACAAUCUAGUUGAUACGCACUAGACGAUUUUAACGAUAUGUCGUUCCGAUCUGUCAGAUUCGGCCACAUCGUUAAUAAGUGUGUACCCACCUUUACACUAUGUUUAGGGGCCUAUUUAUCACACCAGUUUUUCAUCAAAUUAUGGAGGAACUUCAGUUUCAGCAUAAUUUUAUGUAUCAGCACUAUGUACUAAUACUAUCACACAAAAAAACGAAUUAAGUGCUCCACUAAAAGGUAAUUACAAAUACUUAUACGUAUAUGCUUACUCUAUGUGAAGUUAGUCAUAAGAUCCACUUCAGAGUCCAGUUUUCUUCAAGUUCUUGAAUAUCUUUCCGAGUACAUAAGUAUAGAAAAACAAACAAAAAAAUAAAUAUAUAUAUAUAUUGUAGCAAGUCAAUGAUUAUGGAUAAACAUAGAAAGUCUGGAGUAAAUGGUAGCCCCCAUCCAUAAAUCACAUAAGGUGCAAAGUAAUUGAUAGAAGGUCAUCCCGUUUUGAAUGAGGUAGUACAGAUGCUCACAUUAGUGCUUACACCUGAGUGAGGGUCGAAAAUAUAUAGGUAUCUUUAUAACUCCUGAUCCCUGGUUUAAGUUACCCAAUAAAGGUACCGCAUCUCCUGAGUUCCUUCAAAUAAUGCUUACAUGUAUGCUUACAUAAGCUAUAUAUGGGAUCCACAUGUAGCGGUUUCUUUUUAUCCCUUGCUGGGAAUCUCCUUUCCAGGUAAAAACACAGUCAAUACCCGGUGUAGGAAACACCAAAAAACAGGACUGAAUCCAACAACUGAAAUAGAUUUAAAACAACCACAUCACCAAAACCACUGGGAAUGAUGUAAAAAUUAAUGAUGGGUCCUCAGUAAUAGGAAAACGGCAAUGCACCAAUGCCUUUCCACUAGAAUAGUCUAUAUCUUAAUAAACCGGAACUUUGCAGCCCCAUAGCAGUCUGUGAUUGGCUGAGAUAAAUCUUGUAAUUACAAUGUUCGCAAAGCAUACGUUAUUUUUGUUUCCUGUCAUUCACAGACGCAUGUCACCAUUCUCCGGCAUUAUGAUUUCAUCAGGUGCACAGUGAUGCGUACUUUACAUUGCAUCUUUUGGUGGAAAUAUUUGCAUAUAAAAAAAUAAUUAAACGUACACGUGUGUGGCACUGUCUUCAUAGAUGUCAAUCUACAGUAUGGGACAACUGUCUCCGCCAUAAAGUCUAGAAAAGAUUUUCAUUGCAUAGAAAUGUUUUAUUAUUGCAGCCUAUGCCCCUCGCAAUUUAUGAAAGUUGGACCAAACCAGUUUGUUCUCUCAUAAAAACAGCAGUGGUUUACCAUGACCAAAUUACUAUUAUGUAUUAAGGUAAUCCUUUGGUUGGGUUGGUAUGCGUACUGGCAGUCUCCUGACCCCCGGUCACAUAAAUAACUACAUCCCCUUUGGUCAAUAGGCUAAUUCAUAAAAACAGUUCAGGCAGUGAUGCAGCAGUAAAAUAAAUACAUCUGUCUCAGAUUCUUCACCUGCAUAUGAUUGCAUUAAGACAGUGUCCUGAAGAUGUGGGAGGUGCUUCCGGUGUAUAUGAUGGAAUAGGCAGCUUAGAGUUUACUUUUAGCAGCAAGUGGUUUGUCAGGUUACCACUAAUGCUGGGCAUAUACGCUACAAUCAUCUGGCCGAUCGCCCGAUAUCAUCAAAUUGAUCAGAUAAUUGCAGCAUGUAUGUGGCCAACCAAUCUGAAUAUAUUGAUCGGUCGGGCAUGCCAGAUCGUCCAGCAUGUCCCUCUGAUGCAAUAUUUUAUAAGUGUCUGGUCGGCCGCAUCGGGCAGUGUAUGCCCUACUACAGCCAACUGAUGGACAUUCCCCAUUCCUUCACAUGGGCAGGAACGGGGAAAUGUCUCCUCCUCAGGGCCAGAGCACCAGUAUCAGGUGACAUACACAGUGUAUGUCUCGGAUAUCGGCAGUAGCAAAUAAAGUGCCUGUUGGCAGGGCCGGAUUAAGACUAGUGCGGGCCCCGGACAACAAAAGUGUUGGGGCCCCCACCAAUAAAAUUGAAUGCACCCCACCUCUGUCACUAAUAUGCCCCUUAGUAUAGUAGGAGAGAGAGUGAGGGGAGUAAUAGACAAAGAGGGUGUCAGGGAGAGAGAAAGAGAGGGGGAAUUGAGGGAGAUAGAGAUGGGGAAGAACGAGAGGGGGGUCAGGGAGAGAGAGAGGGUGUUGGAGAGAAGGUGUUAGGGAAAGAGAUAGAGACAGAGAGGAACAAGAGAGAGAUAAAGAGGGGGUCAGUGAGUGAGAGAAAGAGAGUAAGAGGGAAGCAAGAGAGAUGGACAGAGAGAGGAGAAAAAGAGAGUAAGAGGGAACCAAGAGCGAAAGAGAGGGUGUCAGGGAGGGAGAGACAGACAGGUAGAGAGAGGGGAGCAAGAGAGAGAGAGAGAGUGUCAGGGAAAAAGAGCGGUGAGAGACAGAGUGGGCAUGUCAGGGUGAGAAAUAGACAAAAGGAGAGAGACAGAGAGGGAAGGGAGAGAGAAGGGGUGUCAGAGAGAGGGAGGGAGAGUGAGCAGGAGAGAGGGGGUAUUAGAGAGGGCCAGAGAGAGAGAGAGAGAGAGAGAGAGAGAGUGAGUGAGAGGGGAAUAAGUGAGAGAGGGUGUCAGGGACGGAGAGACAGAGUGAGAGGGGAGAACGAGAGACAGUGAGAAAGAAAGGAGCAAGGGAAAGUCAGGAAGACAGAGAUGGUUAAAGAAAGAGGGAGGGGGAGUGAGCAGGAAAGAAAGGGUGUCAGGGAUGGAGAGAGAAGGGAGCAGGAGAGAGAGAGAGUGUCAGGGAGAGAACUGAAGGAGAGACAGAGAAGGGAAGAGAGAGAGAGAGAGAGAGAGAGAGGGUGUUAGGGAGAGAGAAGUGGGGUUGUCAGGGAGGGAGAGAGACAGAGAGAGUGGAGCAAGGGAGAGAGAGAGACAGAGUGAGUGGGGGGAACAAGAGAGAGGGAGAGAGAAAGGGUGUCAGGAGUGAGAGAGAGGAAGAGAAAGAGGAUAUCAAGGAGUGAGAUAGAGGGGAGCAAGCAAGAGAAAGAGAGGUAGGGAGGCAGGAAUAGAGCAGGAUAAAGCUACCUGUUCAGCUGCAGCAGCAUCAGGUCACUGAUGGGGCGGGCACUUCACAGUGUUAGGUCCCAUCCCUUCCCCAUACACGCACGAAUCGCAGAAUUAUGUCCAUGAGAGGGCGGAGCUUACUGUAGAGAUGGAAACAAAGUUGUCUCCAUCUCAAAUAAGAAACAAUCCUGUACUGCCUGGACUCGCUCUAAGCCGACCAGGAAGUGUGCAGGGGGGCCGGAGCGGGGUAGUGUUUGCCGGAGUGUGGGGGCCGGGCCCCGCACUACCUAUAAUCCGGCUCUGUCUGUCAGUCUGACAGGCAUUUUAUCUGCCUGUGUAUGCCCAGCAUAAGCAACGUAUUUAACUUCAUGUUCCGUAUCUGAGAAAAAUAAUUAAAAUAGUUUGGGGGUGUAAUUAUAAUUCUUAUAGGAUGUACCUCUUUUAACAUAUAUAUGUGUACAUAUAUGUAUUGUGAUGCCUCACACCUGCUGUAAUGUCUCAUGAAUAGAACUGAUGGCUAUACAUUGGUAAAUGUAAGUAUGGUUUAAAUCAAACCUGUGUGCCCAGGCACCCUGGGGUGCCGCAAGUAUCUUGCAGUGUUGCCUUGGGUUGGUGGUCGAGGACCAAAUAAAGUUAUUUAUGGUCAAAUUGAUAGGCAAAACCAGUGCUAGUGGCUGCCAGUCAUAAAACAUAUGGACAAUCAGAAGUACAACUGUACACCAAAACAUAACUGAACCUAAAGUUGGGUACACACUUGAGCGAUGUGUACCCAGAAGAUAUGUCGGCCCGAUGGGCAGACAUAUCGGACCCUGGGUACACAUUGAGUGAUAUUAAUAAAAAAUGAAACGAUCAUGUUCUGUCCUCCAAUAGCAUACUACAGGACCAAAGCGAUAUCAUCAGGUUUGAUGUACAACAGUGACCAUGGGCACCCACAUAUAUCAGUCAUACACACUGUCCGAUUUGCACCCUUAUGAGCGAUAUGUCGGUCAGAUCCGCCAGAUCAGACAACAUAUCGCUCAGUGUGAACCCAGUUUUACCCUCAGUCAGGCGCAACUGGCCUGACAGGCGCCGCAAAGCUGUUCUCGCUCCCCUCUCCACCCCAAGGGGUGCAGGGACCUGUCCCUCCUACUACCUUCCUAUCUCUAGGUGCUGUUCGAAACCCACCUAGUCAGUUUUUCCGCCGCCUGCGAGGAGUGCAGUAGUGACCCUCCUGGCCUCUCAGGCACACUGGGCCCAAACGCCUCUGACUUUUGAAGGUUCAUUUUUCCUUUUAUUUUCAUCUAUUAAUUGUUUAUUUUGCCCAUUUUAUGAAUGAAAAUUACAAAGGUUGUGGAUAUUUUGUGGAAAUAUGUAGGUUCGUCCAGGAUGGCCUCUCAGGCACACUGCGCCCAAACUUCUACUCAUGUUUGUGUUUUCUCUUUUUUUGCUUCAGAUUUUCUGCUAAAAUGGCCCAUAAAACCUACAAUUUCUCUCUUUGUACGUCCUAAUGAAGGUCACUGAUCACUUUAAGAGUGUUAGAAAUGAGUUAGUUAGUUAGUUGCUAAUGACGAUUUUCUAACAGGUGCCUGUCAGGCUCCCUGUGCCUGAACCCAGGAAUCCCAGAGGUGCGCCUGACAGAGGGUUAAGGGUGACCAGUAGAUACAAUUUACUUAAUACAAAUUUUUUUCUCUAAAUUUAUCAAUAAAAAAAACUUUUAUCCUAGGGGUGCUGUGAAUAAAUCAUCAUAAUUCAAGCAAGUUUGGGAUCGACUAGCUUAAAUGAAUGCAUUGUAGCAAUGACUGCCAUGUUUUUUUUUAACAAGUUUAGAUUGAUAUGCAAUGUCCUGUGCAGGACAGUACCACCAAAGGAUAUGUCUGCUGCUGUUCAGUAAGUGUAAUGACAUGGUGUGUGACAUUCUCAAUUGUCUUUAUUUAUUGAGUCCACACUGUAUGCAAAACGUCGGAUGAUUUACUGAUGUGUACUUUUACUGUGAGCGUCUAUUGUAAUCAAGUGAUAGGUGUUGAAAUACUGUUAUUGCCUAUAUCACUUACAUACUAUACCAAUUGUUUAGUUAAGUUCAGUAUGAUUGACCGGCGGAUGGGAUGCUGGCGGUUACAAUACUGACGCCGGCAUCCUGAACUUUGAAAUCCUGACAAGAGAGAGGUAACUAUGUUAUCCCCUCUCCCCUACCACCUAUCCCUCCCUGUCUGCAGCUUAACCCUAACCUUACCCCUUAGUGCCAAACCCUAACCUCCCCUCGGUGGUGCCUAAACCGAACCUUCCCUACCCCGCAGCCUAACCCUCCCUCCUUAGUGCUUAGAAGUAACCUCCCAAGUGGUGGCUAUCCCUAAUCCUCCCAGCAGCCUAACCCUACCCCCCCCCUUCCCGCAGCCUAACCCUAACCUUACUCCCCGCUUUCCCGCAGCAUAACCCUAACCUCCCUCCCCCUACCCCCGGGUAGCACCUAAACCUAGAUCCCUCUACCGGCCCUAACCUGCUCACAAUCCUUACAGUCGGGAUGCUGGCUGCCAGGAUUUCAGCAGUGGUCUCCUAACCCUGACGGGAUUCCGGCAUCGACAUUUUGAUGGGUGACAGUAUUCCGGCAUUGGUACUCCAACUGCUGCGAUCCCGACAGCCAUCAUCUUAACCACGUUCCGUUUAGUUUAUGUAAACAUUCUCUAGAGGUUUUCACAAAUUAUAUAUAUAAGCUACAUUUUAUUUGACCUGAACAUGACUGUUCUGCUAUUGGUUUGUGAAUACUUUCAUGUUGGGGAUUACUGAGGCUACCAUAUUUUUAUCUUAGGUGCGCUAAUCUUCUUCUUUGUGUGUCUUGCCUGUCUUCUGUAUCAUCAUGUAUCCAUAUCAGUGCUUAAACUGUGUCAUGAAAGUAAACUAACCAACAUAUGAUGCACCAUAUACAUGAUCAAAGUUUAACAGUUAAAUUUUGAUGAUCAUGUAUGUCCUUGCUUUCACAUACAUGUAAGUGACUGUAUUUCCCUUUUGGUGAGUUCACUACAACUAAAGAGUGAGGCAUUACUGCCCUAUAGCCCUAUGGUCUUGAGAUUAAUUGCCAUCACAGCUCUCACUGUGUGGAGUUUGUAUUUUCUACCUGUGCUUGCGUGGGUUUCCUCCAGGUACUCCUGUUUCCUCCCACAAUCCAAAAAUAUACUGGUAGGUUAAUUUUAUUGUAUUUUGUAAUGAUUGGAAUGUGGCCCAGAUUAGCUCCAUCCUGUGUCCACCAAUUGCUGCAAACUUAUAUUCAGCUUGUACCAGUUUAUAAAUAUCACAAAUUGCGGAUCAUUAAUACAACAUAUAUGUAUAUAAUAAUUAUAAUAAUAUAAUAACAAACUACCUGUACCUGAGUACUUUGUGCCACGACCCACAGUGGCGCAGCUUGGCUCAACCCAUCCUUACCUGUUUGCUACGGUUCAUUAAGAGAGCUUGUGUAAACAGGAAGUGGUGCAAGCGUAAUCUCCGGUAACUGGGAUGGCCCGGGGCUCCUUGGGGAUUCUUGGUAUAUUGACCAGGAUGGUGUCCAAAAGUUCACAAUUUCUGAUAUCUGCAAGCUUCAUUUUGGAAGCUCCACCAUUGCCUGGCAUGGAUAGUGAUAUUGUAUAAUUACUGAGUUGCUUUAGAUAACACAAUGAGCAGCUUUGCAACUGGAUUUUAUAAAGUGUACCAUAAUGCUAGACUUAUUGCGCAGAGUUGUGAUAUAACUCAUACUUGUCUACUCUCCUGAAAUUUCCAGGAGACUUAUGACUUUUGUGGUAUUCUCCGAUUCACUUUUAAUUGUGUCCUUAAUGGACCCCCGAUGUACUAUAAUGUAAAUUGCGUCAUUGUCAGUCAGAUGUGGGACCAUUAUAAUGCACGCCGCAUCAUCAUGUCACCCCUCUGGUGGAGAAAGUGGACAAGUAAAAUGCAAUCGAAGACUUGCUUUCCAUCAUGAACAAUGCAUUUUAAUAGCAUAUAGAGUUAAAAAAAAAACAAAAAAAAAACAGCUAUUGGUUUUCACAGAAACCUUACAAAAUGUAUUUCUGGAGGUUAAACUACAGAACAAAAACAGAUGACAAGUCUCAAAGUUUAACUUUAUUACAUAUAUUGUUUUAAAGAUAUUACAGCUGUGUUGCAGUUCAGACAUCGUUUCAUUGCUCUGUUGCAUAUUUGCUUCAAUUUUACCAGUCAUCUGACACUAAGGGCUUCUGCACAUCCAUUUUGAAAUAUGUUUGUACAACAUGUAGCCAGCACUGGACACUAGGUUAAUCAAAUAUCUCACUGAACAGGUUAGAUCAUGCAAGCCCUAAAAUGCUAUAUAAAUAGGUUUUAUCUAAAGUUCAGACAAUAGUUUUUAAAGUUUAAAUUUUAUUCAAAUAAACAUUGGUGGAUAAUUAUAUAGUGUUCAUUAGAAAUUUAUUCUAAAAAGUGAUACUUUUUAUUAUUAAUUAAUUCAAGCUUAAUUGCAAAAGUCGUGUUCCAAAUGCUUUUUUGGUUGUUUGAUUAUUUGGAUCUUCUGUAUUAUUUUAUUAUAUUGUACUUCAAAGCAUGAUGUGGUUGAGUUUGAAACCAAAACUUUAUUUGUUCAAGUUUUGUUAAGAACCUGGUAAUCUCGUUAAGUUUGUACAACAGUAUUAUUUUACGAUAAAAUGCUUUUCGUCAAAGGCUGGGAAAUUGUAUUCUAUCGUUCUGCUUGUGGUGCUGCUUUGUUUUUCAAUGUUAAGGGUAUUCUUAGAAAAAGAACAAUUUUAGCUGUAGCAGCAAGUUUUCAUGGCAUUUUAUAUAAAGUUUUUUAUUCUGUUAGUUCAUCUAAUCCCUGAACCCCGCCACCCCCUCCCCAAUUGUAGCGAUUGUCCCAUUAACAAUUUGCAAAUCUUUGGAAAUCGUAACAAUGAACAUUAAACUUUCACAGGUAUGUGAACCCAGUAACCAGUUAACCUCAACUGAAUGCUUAGAAAAGCUUUUACUAAAUGUAAUAACAUGAUCUCUCUCUCCUUCUCUUUCUCUCGCUCCCUCUCUGUGUAAUAUUUAUAUAUAUAUAUAUAUAUAUAUAUAUAUAUGAGCUUACAAUUAAUAUGUGUUCUUUUAGCUAUAGAUAAUCAGAUCAAAUUCCCUUCUUGUACUGUAUUCUUUUGAAUUUGGAGAUCAAAAGUUGAAAUAAUGUCAAACUAUGUUCAAUAUCUCCUGUAAUGCAAAAUGUUUAUUUACAUUAACUCUUACAGCAGCCCAACUAAACUGAAUUUAUAUAAAUGUAUUGUUUAUUACUUAUUACAGAGUAUAUAUGAUUUGAAAUGUAUUUUUUUUUCUUGAGUUUAAGAAGAAUUUAUUUGUAAAUUUCCAGACUGCCAAUGGUUUAAGAGAUAUUAUGGGGCAGAUUAAAUUAACCAUGAGGCUUACCAUGUGGCUAUAGCUCCAGGUUUCACAUCCAGAGCUAUUCAAUUACUAGCCAAAUUCCCAGCAAGAUUAGCCAACGGCUAGCACAUGUUAACCCAUUGAUUCCAGGCUAAGUGUAUAGAAUCUGUGGGUUACUGCACACGGUAAAUCCCAGGGGGUGCACUUAACAUAGAUUUUACCUUGCAGCACAUGAGGCUGCAAGGAUAAAUCCACAUUAACUGCACUCUCUUGGGCUUACCGCAUGAGGUCGUAAUUGAAUAGCUACUGGCAGAGCCGCAGCUGCGUGGGAAAUUUAAUCUACCAGGGCUUUAUAUAAAGAACAUGAUGUAUUUGCUAAAGCAGAGCAGACCAUAGCAAAAGUCUUCAAUUCUACCUGAUUUUUCAAUCACAACAUUACCAAUAUUUUUAUCAUCUGAAGUCAAUGACAGUAUAUAUAUAUAUAUAUAUAUAUAUAUAUUAUACACACACACAUAAAGGGGAAAGGGGAUCAUGGACUUGUUUGUUAAAAAAUGCCUUAGUACAGAGCACAGGCAGAAGCAAUGGAUUGGGAGUGAACAAUGCUUGCUAAGCUGGCUUUGGUAUUCUUUCCAUAUGGGUACCUAAAAAAAUAUUUAUGAUAUUUACAGUAUGCUUGACAGACUGUAAAAGCUAAAUUCUGGGGCUUUGUUUAAUAAAAUUGUCUAUAUGAUCUUAAUUGUGAAAUGAACAUUGAAAUAAAAGGAAAGAUACAUUUUGGCUAAAAGAGACUAGGGUCCUAAUAUCCAGAAGAAGCCUUCGCUCUGUUUAAUAUUGUUAUUGGAGAGCUUCCUGUUUAUAUUCUAAUGCAACAAAAUGUUUUUUACUGUUAUCGCUUGAAAUCAGUCCAAUAUUUAAUUUUACUUAGUGGGGCAGAUAUUAGAAUAAAACUUGGUCAGAUCAAAGUGUGCUUUCUGUACCAAUGUAUUUCUCGCGUUUGAAUUUGAAAAUGAACGCUAAGGGAACUGUUAAAUAAUUAUCUGUAAUAAAAUCUGUGAAUGGUAAAUCCCAUUUGGGAGAAAAAUGGAAAAA